GUCCAGUCGCGUUGCGUGCAAGACCGAGGACACGGAGCAACGUUCCGGUGUCCUUUACACAAACACAAGUCCGAGAAUCACAGCAGCCGAGACGAGAGCCAUGACCGCCCUGACCCUGGUGAUGAAAGAGCUCCCGGACCUCGACCCCGACGAGUUCUUCAACGUGCGGGCCUACUACUGCGGCGGCAAGGACUUCCGACAGGUGCUAAGGAGGGCCCGGCCACCGUCGCCGACCAACAGCGAGUCUAGUGGCAUAAGCAGCCUCACGUCCUCCUCGACCGGCGAGGACGAGACGCAGACGGCGACGGCCAAACCCGGCAUAGGCCCGAGGGUCGACUGCUCCCGCGAGACCAUCAAGACGAUACCGCAAGUGGAUAUUAGAAAGCAGUUCCAUUACGACAAAAGCAGAAGCAAUGAUCGAAUACUCUAUUGCGGUCGUGAUAUAUUAAACCUCGAAAGAAACACGCAACCGUACAAAUGGCAACUGACGUCGCCUCUAUUUUGCUUUUUAAAUCCUCGCGUACCUACAAAAUACAGAUCUUAUUUACGAUUUAAUGGUGACUUUCUACGUGAGGACUAUCCAAUGGAGACGUGUCUCAAGUGCGGUUUCAGUCAACCUUCAUCAUUCACGUGAAAAACAAGAUAUACUAUGUCAAGUAUCGCAACGUUGUACGUUCGACUAUCUGUGAUAGUUAGACCAAAAGCGGCAGCCGGUUGAUCGAGAGAAUAAUUUAUUGUGUACACAGACAAGAAAGCGAAAACAAUGCGUCACACGAAAGUGUUAUUUACUUUCAGGUCUCGCGCUGUAUAGUUUCACUGACUGAUUAUCUCUCAAAUCGGUAAUGGGCUGCAUCUGUUAUUUAUUGGAUAUUGUCAAUAUCCUUGACCCCUAUAUUUUUAAGCGAAAACGUUUA